AAAUCAGAAAUAUACGGUUAUUAAUUUAUUAUGUAAAUAAACAAAUAUCAUAGUAAUAAAUUGAUGGAUUUUGGAUAAAAGAUUAGUAAUUAGUAUACUCGAUAUUAUUUUACGAAGAUCCUUCUUGAGUAAUUCGAUCAAAAUGAAUGUUUCCUUUACCUGUAAUUUUAAGCAAAAUAACUUUCAAAGUGGUAUUUUUAGUUUCCUGCAAAAGUUUAGACAAGAUGAACAUUUUUUGGACGUUUUAUUAAAUUGUAAAGGUGGAGAAAUUCACGCUCAUAGAAUCGUAUUAUCAUUAUACAGCCCUUAUUUCUACGAUAAGCUCAAGGAACAUGUCGAUCCUCAAACUUCUCUAUCGUUGGAAAAUAUCCCAAUCAACAUUAUGCAAGCUCUAUUGAAAUUCAUGUACGAAGGCGAAGUAAAUUUAGAUGCAUUUGUAAUUCACGAUUUCCUAAAAUUCGGUCACGAAUUGAAAAUAUCUGGAUUCCCUUCGAACGAAGACGACACUAAUAUUUCAUCGUUUACUCAAGAAACGGCCGAAGAAGAAAUGAAAAAUCUUAGUAUUGUAUCAUCUGAUGAGGAUAAAGGAUGUAACUUGAGUAAUAAUGUCGAAUCGCGUAAAGAUGAAACUGAAAGUGAUCCGGUUGAUAACUUGAUUGAUCCAGAAGCAGAAGAUAUGGAAAAUUCCUACUCUGAUUUGGAAGAACAUUCGAUUGUUGAAGAAUCUCCUAAUUCCUUGCUCCUUGCAGAAAUUGCAGAAUCUCCUACUUCUCCGUGUCUUGCAGAAUCUCCUAAAUUUCUCAAUCUUCAAGUUCGCAGUGCUAAUCGUGCUGGAAAUAUACCUGUAGUACGUUAUUGA